AACCAAGUAGCAAAAGGCACUGGCAGAGUCCAGGGGAGAGCAGUGCAGUGUCAGCCAGAGCAGCAUGGCAGGACUCCAYGUCCGCUCCCUUCUGGUGACUGGGGCCAACCGGGGCAUCGGCCUGGGGCUUGUCCAGCAUUUUCUGAAGAUGCCAAAACCACCUCAGUGGAUCUUUGCAGGCUGUCGGGACCCCAAGGGACAGCGAGCACAGGAGUUACAGAAUUUGGCCUCCAAGCACCCCAACAUCGUCAUCAUCCCGCUCGAAGUUGCCAACCCUGCCAGCAUCAAGGCAGCUGCAGCCAAGGUUGGGGAGCACCUGGGGGGCUCUGGGCUGAACCUUCUCAUCAACAAUGCUGGAAUUGUAAAGUUGAACUCACUUGAUACUGAGACACUGGAGGACAUGUCUGAGAUUUACACCACCAACACAGUUGGACCCCUGCUGAUGGCCCAGGCAUUCCUGCCCUUGCUGAAGAAGGCUGCCCAGGGGAGCCCAGGCUCAGGGCUGAGCUGCAGCAAGGCUGCCAUCGUCAACAUGUCCAGCAUUGGUGGCUCCAUUGCUAGUUCCUUUGGCUGGGACCUGAUGCAAGUUACCUCGUACCGCUGCAGCAAGGCUGCUCUGAACAUGCUGACCAAGUGCCAGUCCCUGGCAUACAAAGAGCACGGCAUCCUCUGUAUCGCUCUCCACCCUGGCUGGGUGCAAACUGAUAUGGGCAGCUCUGCUGGACACACGCCUCCUGUGACAGUGGAUGGCAGCGUGCAAGGGAUGCUGAAGGUCCUCUCCUCCAUCUCUGAGAAGGACWUGGAGGUGUUGGAGUGUGUCCAGAGARGGRCAAUGGRGCUGGGGAAGGGUCUGGAGCACAAGUCUGAUGAGGAGGUGAUGAGGGAACUGGGAAGGMUCAGCCUGGAGAAAACGAGGCUCAGGGGGGACCUUAUCACUCUCUACAACUCCCUGACAAGAGGGACGAAACCCCGCUCCUCCCUCCCAUAUCCCGGCGGAACGAUCGCGCCCGGCGCGGUUUGGCCCCUKCGCGCCGCCGUAGCCGUUGCCAUGGCGACGGGCCCAGCGGCCCGAGGCCCGCUGUGGCGCCGGGAGCUGCCGUGGAGGCCUCAGCCGGGGUCCCGCGCCCUGCCUGGGCAUGAGGCGGGGCCGGGGCCGCUGUCAACCGCUUCUGCGGGGAGAAGGUGA